UUAUGAGACGUUGUUUGGUAAGGCAGAUUCUGCGGUCACUACUUGUUUGCCAGGCUGGGAGUUUUAUAACGUUUGGACCGAGUUCGAAUUGAACACAGAAUUGCUGUUCUGACUCUAGAAGAGGAGCCGCUGUCUUCUGGUGGCUCAGCGUAGCGGACAGAGGAUGUUUCCAGCCAGCAGAUACACUUGUAAAGCUCACAGAUGUAUCAGGGCAUUGACAACGUUACAGAAAGACCCUGCAGCCCCACAACUGUACUCUAGUAUACACAGGAGGACCUGCUCUUCAGUGUCGACGACCCGCAUCACCACACACUACACCAUUCAUCCUCGAGAUAAAGAUGCAAGAUGGGAAGAUGAGUCAGCAGCAGUCCUAACCCCCCUUACCGUCCUAUCUCCUCCCUGCCCCAGUGAGAAAGGUAUGGAAAUGGAGAGGUUUGGGGAUGAGGCCGAUGUUGUGAUUGUAGGCGGUGGUCCUGCUGGUCUCUCUGCAGCCAUCCGCCUUAAGCAGCUUGCAAAUGAACAAGAGAAGGAACUACGAGUGUGCUUGGUGGAGAAGGCCCCUCAGAUCGGCGCUCACACGCUGUCAGGAGCCUGUUUGGAGCCCAGUGCCCUCAUUGAGCUUUUUCCUGACUGGAAGGAACGAGGGGCCCCUCUGCACACUCCGGUGACAGAAGAUGUGUUCAGCAUUUUUACAGAAAAGCACAGGAUACCCAUCCCUAUACUGCCAGGACUGCCCAUGCAGAACCAUGGUAACUACAUUGUGAGGCUGGGAAACCUUGUGCGUUGGCUGGGGGAGCAGGCUGAGGAGCUGGGAGUGGAGAUUUAUCCCGGUUAUGCUGCAGCUGAGGUUUUAUUUCAUGAGGACGGAAGUGUUAAAGGGAUUGCCACUAAUGAUGUGGGGAUUGCCAAGGAUGGCUCACCAAAGGAUACUUUUGAGCGAGGAAUGGAGCUCCACGCUAAGGUCACUGUGUUUGGAGAGGGCUGCCAUGGCCAUUUAGCAAAGCAGCUUUAUAAGCAAUUCAACCUGAGGGAGAACUGUGAACCCCAGACCUAUGCUAUUGGCCUGAAGGAGCUGUGGAUGAUCGAUGAGAAGAAGUGGAAACCAGGCAGAACGGAGCAUUCUGUUGGGUGGCCUCUGGACAGACACACAUACGGAGGAUCCUUCCUGUAUCAUCUGAAUGAAGGAGAGCCUCUUGUUGCCUUGGGCUUUGUGGUUGGUUUAGAUUAUUCCAAUCCGUAUUUAAGCCCCUUCAGGGAGUUUCAGCGUUGGAAGCAUCACCCCUUUGUAGCUUCCACGCUGGAGGGAGGCCAGAGGAUUGCUUACGGAGCCAGAGCCUUAAAUGAGGGAGGAUUUCAGUGCAUCCCAAAGCUGACGUUUCCUGGAGGUUUGCUGAUUGGCUGCAGCCCGGGGUUCAUGAAUGUCCCAAAGAUAAAAGGAACCCACACAGCCAUGAAGAGCGGCAUCCUGGCUGCUGAAGCCAUUUUCCCUAAAGUCACUGCAGAGAAUCUGGACUCAGAGACUGCAGGGCUUCAUAUACCUGAGUACAGUGACAACUUGAAGAAUUCCUCUGUGUGGAAAGAGCUGUACGCUGUGAGGAACAUCAGGCCGUCCUUCCACAACUACUUUGGUCUUUAUGGUGGGAUGGUGUACACCGGUAUUUUCUACUGGAUUUUACGAGGAAAAGAGCCUUGGACACUAAAACACAUAGGCCUGGAUGCAAACCAGCUGAAACCGGCUAAAGAUUGUAAGCCCAUUGAGUAUCCGAAGCCCGACGGCAAAAUCAGCUUCGACCUGCUGUCCUCAGUGGCCUUGAGCGGCACCAACCACGAGGGCGACCAGCCUCCACACCUGACCCUAAAGGACGACCGCAUCCCCGUCGAAAGGAAUCUGGCUAUUUAUGACGGACCAGAGCAGCGCUUCUGCCCGGCAGGUGUGUAUGAGUACGUUCCCGUGGAAACUGGAGAUGGGAUGAGAUUACAGAUCAACGCUCAGAACUGUGUCCACUGUAAGACCUGCGACAUCAAGGAUCCCAGCCAGAACAUCAACUGGGUGGUACCGGAGGGCGGCGGCGGACCUGCCUACAACGGAAUGUGAACUUUUAUCUUCAACAAAACUUUUGUUUUCCACAUUAAGGAGACCGGAGCGAUCAGUAUGUGCCUGAGUAUGAACCGUUAGCCGUGUAGCUGUCUGAGGGUACAACUUUAAAUUAUAAAGCGUGUUUAUGAAUCUUGAAGGUCCAACUGAUAGGUUCUGCAUGAGCUCUGUGGGCAUUUUAAUCCAUUUAAAGAGAAAAUAACAGAAACAUUUUCUGUCAGUUUUGUAAAAAUUAAGCUGUAAAUUGUCUGUUGGCAUUUUUAACAUAAACUAACUAAUACUGUAUAAUGUCACAGAAAAUAAAGAAAACUUGAGUUA